UAUUUUCUCUCUCUUCUUCGUUCUAUCCAGUAAUUAUCGGCGUUGCCUUAGCAGCUACAGCGCAAAAAUGGCGAAGAAACUCGUUACUCGCUGGAAGAAGCCAGCAAAACGAAUCAGCAAAAGGAGGAAACUCAAAUCGGCGUUGAAGAUGAUCUUCAACUAUAUGAAAUCGGACGAUUACAUGUUUGCGCCGCUGAUCAGCCCUCAAUCCACUCCCUCACCUGCCCCUGUUUCUCCAGGUGAAGUCUCCAUGGACAAGAAAUUGGUUGAGGAGUAUCUAAAAUGCGAUGUAUACAUGUAUGCCCCCUUAGUUGUUGACCAGGGUACAACUAAUCCUUCUUCAGGUACUAAAGACUUAGUAACGACCCCUAUAGAUGUCCUAAGGCGAAGACGGAUUGUUGUUGAUCAUAGCCUGUUGCAAUCGGAACGAGUUAAGCAUGUACAUCACCAAGACUAGCUGCACAUGCUUGGUCUAUUACAAACACAAGGCAUGUGGAUCUAGUAAUAGGAUCAAUAUGGAAACUUUGAUGGCGAUUGCACGAGAAGAGUUGUCACAGAAAGCCAAGCAAACUGAAAAUGGUGGCUCAUACAUAGCUCACUUUGUCCGCCUAUAAUGCUACCAUGUAUAGAUUUACUCUACUUUGGUUUGGCAUGUCUCAACUAAUUAGCUACUACAAGUGGAUGCUCUACUCAAUUAUAAAACCCUUCAAAGCAUACUUUACAAAUAA